AUGACAGAACUUCUCAAUGGACAGGAAGGUGCCGAAGCAAUUAUGGACGACAUCAUCGUGCAUGGGAAGAAUAUAAAAGAGCACGACAAGAGACCAGAUGAUGUAUUAUCUACACUUAAGAAAGUAGGACUGGUCCUCAACAAGGAGAAAUGUCAUGUUGCACAGAAAGAAAUAGUCUACUUUGGACACAAGAUCAACAAGAACGGGAUAAGUCCAGACCCAGCAAAAGUUGCUGCAAUCUCAAGUCUCAAACCACCAACAGAUGUGAAAGACCUUCGCCGUACAGUUGGUAUGACUGAGGUGAAGUAUGCUCAGAUCGAGAAAGAAUGUCUUGCAAGUGUGUGGGCCUGUGAGAAAUUUGAGCGAUAUCUGGUAGGACUCUCAGAUUUCAAGAUACUGACAGACCAUAGACCUCUAGUUCCACUGAUGAAUACACAGGAUCUAGACAGAGUUCCUCUCAGAUGUCAACGUCUUCUGAUGAGAUUUCGACGAUACAACGCUGUAGCUGAGUACGUUCCAGGAAAGUGUCUCGUCGUCGCUGAUGCUUUAUCAAGAAGCCCGAUGGAUGAAUCAUCAACACAGAGUCACAGUGAAGAGGUUGUUGAACAGCAUGUCAACAUGGUGCUUACAAGCAAGCCGAUGUCCGAUGUUAAGAUGGAAGAGCUAAGACAAGCAACUCUGUCUGACAGUGAACUACAGAUGGCUAUACAGCUCACCAAGUAUGGAUGGCCUGAUUACCUUAGCGACGUGCUGGAACUCGCCACACAGUAUUUCAAAGUUCGCACUGACCUGUCAACUGCCAACAAUCUGCUUAUGUACAGAAAUCGCAUUGUCAUUCCCAGAAGUAUGAGAGACUCAGUAUUGGAGUCCAUUCACAUUGGUCACCAAGGGGUUACCAAGUGCAUUGAAAGAGCCAGAACUUGUGUGUGGUGGCCAGGUGUGGUAAAUGACAUUAAGGACAGAAUUGCGAUGUGUGCAUUUUGCAUUUGCAACAGGGCGACUCAACAAAGAGAGCCACUCAUUACCACUCCAUUACCUCAACUGCCAUGGAUGAAGAUUGCUGCUGACCUGUGCUACAUAAAUGGUCAGAACUUUCUAGUGGUAACAGACUACUUUUCACGCUUCAUCGAGAUUGCUCACUUGACAAACAUAUCAAGGCAGCAAGUCAUUGUAAAAAUGAAAGCCAUGUUCGCACGAUGGGGAAUUCCAGGAGAGGUACUGUCCGAUAAUGGCACGCAGUUCUCGUCUGAAGAAUUCGAGAAGUUUGCCCAACAGUACAACUUUCAUCAUACAACAUCCAGUCCUCACUACCCGCAGGCUAAUGGUGCUGCGGAAAGCGCAGUAAAAAUUGCUAAGAGACUGUUAAUGCAAGACGAUCCAUAUUUUGCACUGUUGUCUUACAGAUCAACCCCGAUUGAAGCCACAGGUUCCAGCCCUGCAGAGAUGAUGAUGGGUAGAAAACUACGCACUACUUUACCAAUCACAAGAGACAAUCUAGUUCCCCAGUGGCCAGAUUUGGACAGAGUUCAAUCCAAAGAUGACAAGAUGAAGAAACGAUAUGAGCAGCAGUACAACCGAAGACAUUCUACACGACCCUUACCUGGACUCACUCCAGGUACCACGGUUCGUGUGAAGCUAGACAGUGAAAAACAGUGGUCUACACAGGGUGUCAUCAAGUCUGGCGACCAGUCUCGCAGAAGUUACGAUGUGGAGACACCACAAGGCAUCUACCGCCGAAAUCGACGCCACAUCCAGAUCGACAAAUCAGGGGCCGAUAAACCGGAUCCAUCAGACGACCCAACUCCCAGUCUUGUGUCGCAGAACUGUGUUCCAGUUGAAAAUGACCAGACCAUGAGCUCAAAUGUGAAGCCAGCUUCACACGAUUCAGGCAUUAACACUCCGGUGACAACUCGCUCUGGUCGCAUAAGUAAGCCUCCUAGGCGAUAUGAUGAAGACUUUUAA